GAGACAGAGUCCAUGUUGCGGCAAUAACACAGACGCAAACAUCGCUAUCGCAGAACAAACGACGUGUUAUCACUAUUCGUGAUUUUAUAAAGCUGUUAAAUUGGACUACCUUUUAAAGAAUUUGUGACAAGAUAUUGAGUUUUGCCAAGGAAAUGGGUGGGCAAAGAGAUAGAACAGCGAAUAGUCAAGGAAGUUGGCAUUCAACUGGAUACUAUGGCCAUUUCCGUAGCAAGCAUCGGAAUGAUUUCAUCAAUCAAUACAGACAGCAAGCAAAACCAUCCCCACCUCAGAAGUUCCAUGAUAUGAUCACUGAUCGUCCAAGCACCCAUCACUUCUCUCAUCAUGACAAUCGAUUUUCCUUUCUCAACACUGUAGACAGUUUUCAAGGGAACCUUGGAAAAAAGAAAGUGCAGUCAAAUUAUAAGACAAAAUUUAUCCCUGACUUUAUUGCAUGGGUGCCACACAAGAAAGAAUUAGAGGAGGCAGGCCCCAAAGUUUCCAGCUACAGAGAGACCUUCAAGAGUGAUGAUUCAUCUCGUGUCCCACAGAUCUUAGUACCUAGUGUCAGGGCCCCUCGGCCUCCCCCUGAGCCAAACCGAAGGCCUUUGCUCAAUACACCUUACAUUGACAAAAAGAAUGCUGAGGAUGAGCUUGAACCACUAUCUACUACCUAUCAGCUGACACAUAGGCAUUCUCAACCAAAUAGAAUGAUCAAUACCAACAUGAACACAGGAACAGUAGAUCAAGAUCAAGUACCAGAUAAAAAAACUAUGAGCUUCAUCAAUCCGAAGAUUGCUUCAGUCCAUGAGAAUCCUGUUCAAUCAGUGACUAGGUUACGUAGAUCAAGGAUAACCUCUGCCCCAGCCUUCAGAUCAAGUGUUGCAGAUUGCAUGAUUUGGCAUAGUCAUGGGGACACAGAGCAGGUCCAUGUGCUGCCUGUUCGGAGGGAGCGUCCAAAAACUGUCAUAGGGCUUUUACCAGAAAUCCCAAAUGAUGAUAGGAAUGACCCAUCAGUGAAUGGAACACUACCAAGAUUAGCUCAAUCAGGACCUAGUCAUUCCUCUCUCUUUGGUGUAACCCCAUCUGCAACAUCAACAGUACCAAUGGAGGCGAUGACUUCUUCAAUGAUUACAGAUACUGAUUACUCGGUUAAUUACUCACAUCAAGGAGCUGCCCAAGCAUGUCAUAAAAAAGCACUGAUGAGUGACAGCAUAUGAUA